CCGCUGUCGUGACAGACAUAGUUGUCGAGACAACAAACGUGAUAGGUAAUAUGGGGGAUCCCGCCAAUGACAUGAAUGUUGAGGUUUCUUGUUGGUGAGAUGAUGAUGCACCGUAGGAAGGAUGGAUGAAGAAGAUAUCCUAGUUGUGUUAGCAGCAUCUCCAUUGGAUUUAGGAAAUAGUAGUGAAGUAUCACUUACCCAUUGCUCCGUGAUGUUACUAGCAUGAUGGUAGAAAACUCGAGAAGAUGCCCCGGAGGAACGAGAAGUCACGACUUGGAAAGGUCCCGUUUCCACAUUCUCUCAAGGGACAUGUCCAUCGUAUUAGACAAUCACAACUCGAGAGAUUCGAACUCCACGCGAGUAGGCAUCGGAUCCCCCUAUCCGCGAGUGUGGAGCUCAGAGGCGCACCCAGGAAUGAAUAGAGACAGAGUACGGGAACGCGUGUGGCUGGGCGAGUGGAGGACGACGUGUGGACUUUUGUGCGCUGCUCUGGGUAGGAAGCCCGUUCAGAGAAGCGCUAGUACUAAGGCGAGGUGGACGCGCCCCACAGAGCCACUCGGGAUACGUAAAGCCCAGAACGAGACUGCCACUUGGCGCCGAUAUCUCCAGUUUGCAAGGUGGAACUUGGGAGAGGAAUGCAAGCCGGGUGCGAUGGGACGAGUUGGCUGGUUGUAUGCUGGCUUGAUAUAUGAAAGAGCGCCUGUUGCAGUACCCCCUUAGAGGAUGCGAAAGAUGGAUGGCCUCGCGCGUGGUAGAGAUGACUAACUCUCAGCGCGAGGAUUCGCGUCAUCGAUAAAACCUCAAUUGCAUGACCCCAGAAUAACACUGACAUUGGUAUCUAGUAGGUAUAGAAACAAGACACUGUCAA